UUAGAACCCUAAAACUUCGAUGAAGCAGCGGCCAUGGCGGAUGGCGCUGGCGAGGGCGCUCCACUGGGAGAAGGACCAGCAGCCGGUGAAGCAAGCCGAGCGCAAGCUCGUGGAUCGCUACAUUCUCCGAGUCAAGGGCGGGCAUGGCGGCGGCGGAUGCAACAGCUUUGCCAAGAGCUUGAGCUCUCGGCACGGCCGUGUCAAUGGUGGAAAUGGCGGCAUUGGAGGGAAGGUGAUUCUCAAGAGCACGCCAGAAGUUUACGACUUCAAGAAUCUACAGCACGCUGCGGCUGGUGGAAACGGGGGCUCGGGGCUUGACAGGAAGCAAACUGGGAAGAGAGGCUUGGAUGAAGUUCUCUACGUCCCUCUGGGAACAGUCGUCCAUCUUUCCGAGGGCACUCUCCCGGACAUGACCCAAGACUUCCGGCAACGAGUAGCUCGGAGAACAGUGAAGCAAACUUGGGACGGUGACAAAGACUGGGUGAGGCUGAGCCAGAUGUUCUCCAAGGACAUAUACUCGCACAGGCCCGAUCAUCCUCCACCACCCCAAGAAACCUCAGAAGAACCGGAAGAGACUAGCGACGACAGUGAUCUAGACGAAGACGAAGACGAAGAAGAAGAAGAUGACGAUGACGACGGUGCCUCUUCCUCGUCGUCCGAGGACGCGCCGCGCGUCCUCAAGAUCCCGAGACCGAUCAUCCGGAGCAACGUAGCCGAGCUGCUGGAGCCCAACCAGACGCUGGUGGUAGCCGUGGGUGGCGCCGGGGGUAGAGGCAACGCGGCACUCCCCCGCUCGCUCCCGAAGAAGAGCAAGUGGCCGAACGGACUCCCGCGCCUGGAGAACGAGCCCGGCGAGCCCGGCAGCGAGGCGGUGCUCAUCCUGGAGCUCAAGAGCAUCGCCGACGUUGGUCUCGUGGGGGCUCCAAACGCCGGCAAGAGCACGCUGCUGGGCUCCAUGUCCAAAGCGAAGCCGUGCGUGGGGAGCUACCCCUUCACCACGCUCAGGCCGAUCAUCGGGAGGGUGGAGUUCCCGGACUACUACUGCUUCAGCGUCGCCGACGUCCCGGGGCUCAUCGAGGGCGCUCACGAGAACCGGGGCCUGGGGUUCCACUUCCUCCGGCACGUCGAGCGCACGAAGGUGUUCGUCUACGUGCUGGAUGCGUCGCUCGGGGUGGCGGGCAGGGAGGGGGACUACGCGUGGGAUCAGCUGGAGCAGCUCAAGUAUGAGAUGGAGUGCUACCGGAGCGGGAUGACCAAGCGGCGGUCGAUCGUAGUGGCGAACAAGAUGGACGAGGAGGGGGCCGAGGAGGUGGUGAGGGAGCUGAGGAGGAGGACGGAGCUCCCCGUGUAUCCGGUGUGCGCUGUUCUUGGCGAGGGGGUUGAGGAGCUCAAGGAAGGGAUGCGGCAGAUGGUGGAGUGCGAUGAUGGGGAUGCGCCGGACUUGCAGGAGCUCAAGAUUUGAGGUGGUGUGUGAUCUUUUGAGUUAGAGUUCCAAUGUUGGCAUGGCAUCUCACUACUCGGAUCAUCUUGGUCCUACAAGAUAGCUUUUGCUCAAGAUGCCGCAGUACAGUAUCUUUUUGUGGGUGGUGAUGCUCCAUCUCUUCUGAAUUGCCCAAGAAAAAACCAGCUUAUUGAAGAUA